GGAACGAGUACGGCAUUGGAAUGUCACAAUUUCGAAAUCAGGCAAUUUCAUAUAGAAUUUUUCAUCUUAAAUUUUUGUUAUUUUCAAAUGUGCAUAGAAAUCGAUGAUUUCCAAAGCUCUGACGUUUCGGACUGUGGUUUUGGUAACCCUUAUACUAGUGCAAUUACUAGCUGUAAUCUUGCAAAUUGUCGGCCUGGUCGAAUGCAAACAAUGCUUGCUCUUUGCUAGAAUUUAUGAAAUCGAACGAGUUUUAGAUGGUGGUUUUAUUGGUUGGUGCUAUAUGUUGAUAGCCUAUGGAUUAUCAUCGGUUUUUGCCUGCAUCGUAAUGCUACUAAGGCGUCCCCUGCUGGGAGUUUCAUUUGAAAGCUUGUCGAGGUCUGAAAAGUCAAAGGCGAUGUUUUGCAUGAGUGCAACUGCUGUGAUAACAACAUUUUUUGUCAUCCUUGGUUGGCACCAGUUUUGUAGCUCUUUUAAAGUUGUCAGAUGUUACCACACUCCCUCACUUCUUAUUGACUGGAAAUCUUACACCCCAAAAUAUUCCAGCUGUUAUAAUACUUACUACUAUUAUCUUAUAACUGAGGUUUGUCUUUUGUGGUCUUCAAUUUCAACAAUAUUUUUAUUGUUAAAAACAGUUUGGAUAUAGAACUUGAAUAAUAUGCAUAUU